CUGAUCCCCACGAACGAUGCCGGACAACGGCGUGGGGAAGGGGAGGGGGGGCUGAUAAAAACAGCCUACUUCGCUGUUUAAGAACAUUUGCGACAAGCUCAUACAAAGCAUACUACUCUAUUUCAUCAAUAUUCAAAAUGACCACCCCCAAAGGACCCUUCCGUCUUAUCACGGUCAACACGGCCCCGGAGAGAGCGCAACGCUUGAUCGGGAGAGUCGCUGAUACGCUCAAGGACCAGUAUAUCAUCAUCCACGAGGCCAACUGCUCGAAAAUCGAAGAAGUCGGCCCUAAAGUCCAGGAGCUGCUGCCGGAUGUCCUGUUCAGCGCAUCCAUGUGGACUGCAGAAGAAGCCCAGCAGAUCCACGCCACAGCGCGCGAGAUAAAGCCCGAUAUCAAACUGCACGCCAUUCCUACCGGAUUACAGGUUGAGAGAGGCCCCGACGCUAUUGUCGAAUACCUUUGCGAGAAGGUGCCGCCGCUGCUGGACAGCUGAGUGUUGAUGUUGGGAUAACUCGUAGAGUAUAUUGGGUGGAUUGAACGAUGGUCAUGAGUUGCAAUGUGUUUGUAAAUACUAUACCAGCUGGAGAUAGACUGAGUAUUUCUAACUGCAUUAAAUGUAUUUCUA